CCACCACCACCACCGUCGUCCGAUGCUCAUCCACCGCAAUCCCAGUCCUCUGCGACCGCCUCGCCGAGAGGGUUAAGUAGGCGCUCCUCCUCCUACGACGGACGCUCGCCAGCGUCCCCGCGCUCCCUCUCCCGGAGGCAGAGCACCAACGAGCGCAUCAACGAGAUAUUAGAGAACGCACGAGGCCGCGCACAAGCCAUGGGUGGCGGACUCUCAACAACCCGCUCCGCUCCCGCCAGCCCCCCGCGGUACUACUCCCGCGCGGACGGCUCCCACGAUGAGAGCGUCGGCAUCAUCUCCCGUGGCCCGGACCGUAACUACCAGAGCAUGAACUCGGCGCCGCAACCCUCCGCCGUCACCAGUACGGCGACGGCCCCGGAGCUGGCCGGCAUGCGGCCGCGCAAGUCGGUCCAGUCGACGAGGAACUCUCUGCCGGCGCAGGCCGAGGAGGAAGGGGAGGACGAAGACUACGAUGCCGUGGUUGCGCGGGAGGAACGGGAGAGAGAGGCGCAGAGGAAGGAACCCUGGUACACGAUCCUGCUGUCCAGCUUUCAGAGCAUUGAGCUGGAGAACAAGGGCAGUGUGGCCCGCGAUCACCUGGCGCUCGAACGAACAUUCCUAGCAUGGCUCCGCACAUCUCUAGCCUUCGCCUCCAUAGGCAUCGCCGUAACGCAGCUCUUCCGCCUCAACUCGUCCCUCUCGACGCCCGGGACCGACGACUCAAACAGCCACACCCUCCGCCAGCUGGGCAAGCCGCUUGGCGCGACGUUCCUGGGCAUCAGCAUCCUCAUCCUGUUCCUGGGCUACCAGCGCUACUUCCGCGCGCAGCAGUGGGUGAUGAAGGGCAAGUUCCCCGCGAGUCGCGGGACCAUUAUCAUCGUGUCCAUGGUUGCGUUUGCGCUGAUGGCUGUGAGCUUG